AUGAGGCCUUCGGUAAUGUACUUUUUUCUCGUUUGCCUCUGGACGUCUACUACGGCCGCGCAUGGCUUCAGCGCAAGAAGUCUCACGAGCAUCACCCACCAACGCCUCGUGCAGCAGGACGCGUGGGGAGGUCUCUCAGAUGCCUUGCAGUCUGCGGGAGAAGCGAUCUCCUCUGCAGCCGAGAAUGUUGUAGGCUCUGUGACCGACACAGCGGCGAAGGCUAUGCUAGGCGACCGGGCCGUUGAUUCAUUCGAACUUCCACCUCCCACAAUCCGCCAGAUCAACAAAGAGGUAGUUCUGUGCGUGGUGGCGUUGUUAGCAGUCUUGGGCGCGGGCUAUGCGGCUGAUUUGUAUUUGCCAGCCAGGAAGGUGCUCACACGGCCAUCCUACUCUUGCAUGGCCAUGCUGCUAGGCAGCUAUGCCAUCCUCAUCCCAGGAUUAGUGUCGAACUUGUUCGAGUUCUUGCUGGGUGUCCAAAUGCUUGGCAUCAAUGUCUUGCUGACGGAGGUGGAUGGGGAGCCAUCGCCCAUUGCUGAGUCCACGUUUGGACUGGUUCAUCUUUUAUGUCAGACUGGUGGCUAUGUUGGCGCCGUGCUGGUGGUCCUUUAUGCUAUGGUGAUUCCAUCCGUCAAGCUCAUUGCUUUGGUUUCGGCAGAGAUCUGGCGCGACAGCGAGGACCCGCGGAAAGUGCAGAGAUCCAAGCGCUUCAUUCAGGUCGUGCAGUUCAUCAGCAAGUGGGCAUGCCCUGAUAUGUUCGCCUACAUUCUCCUCCUGUACCUCUUCCGGCACCUUGAUGGUCAGGGUGGCAUCGUUGUGGCACCAGCCCGGCUGGGCAUUGGUUUUGCUUGCUUCAGCAUCUUCUGCGUGUUCUCCACCUUCUCAACACUCAUGAUACGGGUGCCAGACACUGCAGAUGAUCUAAGCGACGAUGUAGCGCGCCCAAUGCUCGCGCGCUGGUUUGGCAUCGAGAACAUCCAGAUGGUGACGGCGGCGCUCGCCCUUAUGUUUCUGGUCCUGUUUGGCCUUGGACUCGCCAUGCCGGUCAUGGUCCUCUACCUGGAUUCGAACCUCUUGAUCAAGCCACGAGGGCCCCUGGACCCAUCAAUGAAGCCCAUCGUCGACACGUUGCACAUCGAGGACCUGGUCAACUCCGAGGUAACUAUCUUUUCGGCAACUGCAGCGCUUGCGAAGUACAUCGCCUCGGGCGAACUGAAUGAUAUUUUCGCUGUGGUGAUGCUGACCGUGUUCGUGAUGGCUCUGCCGAUCGUCAACAUGUUCUGCCUGCUUGCAGCAUCUUGGCACUUGCGGUCCAAGCAGCCGGACACUGCAGCAGCCUGGCAGUUCCUUCGCCACUCGACCUGGCUGAAGCACAUUUCCAUGCUGGAUGUCUUCAUCAUGGGUAUCAUCGUGGUCACCGCUGCCGGGAGUGCCUACUCGCAACAAGGAGUCCUUUUUGGAGUGAUGGUGGGCCUGUGGAUCCUUCUCUUGGCGGAGGUCACGCAUUAUUUCACACACUAUCAGGUUCACGGCGUCUACCGCUUUCUGGAGAACAAUGCGGAAAAGCAGUGA